AAAAAAGAGAACAUGAUGUCCCCAACUCCGCUCUCUCUCUUUUGCGUUCUCCUCAUUUGUUUGCCCCUAGCCAUUGUCUUCACCGUUGUCACGCCGCCAGCCACUACUAUUCGAUCUAUCACCAGCACCAGCACCAGCACCAGCCAAACUAGAACCAACCCAGAAACCAGAGUCAUAGAAACAACGAGGAUCACAACCACAACUAUAUCGUCGUCGCUACCAGCUAGGCCACCGUCCACGACGGAAGAUGACGACCAGAUGCUUUUUCGACGAGCUGCUGGAGUCAAACCCGAUCCAUUGCUCCCCAAACGACUAGCAUUCAUGUUCCUAACCACCACACCACUCCCAUUUGCCCCGCUUUGGGAGCUCUUCUUCAACUCGACCCGGGCCCAAGAAAAGUUAUACAACAUAUACGUACACGCCGACCCAAGCUUCCCAUAUGACCCGCCUUUCUCAGGCGUGUUCGAGAACCGGGUCAUACCCGAGUCGAAGCCCACUCGACGGCACUCCCCGACGCUCAUAUCGGCAGCGCGUCGUUUGCUUUCCCAUGCACUCCUUGAGGACCCUUCAAAUUCCAUGUUCGCCCUUCUCUCCUCCGCCUGCAUCCCGCUCCACUCCUUCGACUUCACUUACGAAGCUCUUGUAAAAUCAGACAAAAGCUUCAUCGAAAUCCUGAAGGACGAGCCUGGGGCGUGGGCUCGCUGGGCGGCGCGUGGGGAGCGAGUGAUGCUCCCAGAGCUGCCCUUCGAGGACUUUAGAAUCGGGUCCCAAUUCUUCGUGCUGACACGUAAGCAUGCCAGGCUGGUUGCCAACGAGACUAGAUUGUGGUCAAAGUUCAAGUUGACGUGUUUGAGGAAGAACAAGAACACGUGUUACCCUGAAGAGCAUUACUUUCCCAGCCUCAUCAGCAUGGAAGAUCCACGUGGAUGCGUGCCGGCUACGCUCACCCACGUAGACUGGAGGGGUCGACAUGACGGGCAUCCUCGGACGUACGGGGUAUCAGAGGUGGGGCCAAAACUAAUCCUGGCCCUCAGAAAGGAUGUGCCAAGGUACGGCGUUAACGUUGAUGGAACCAACGGCUCUCAUUCGUCUAUGAGAAAACGAGGUGACCCUUUCUUGUUUGCUAGGAAAUUCUCCCCCGACUCGAUUGCGACGUUGGUAAGGAUAGCAAACGACGUUAUCUUCAAAGAUUAG